GCCAUUGUGAAGUGUGGGUGUGCGUGUGAAGUGAGCUGAAAUUGAAUGGCUUCGGCCCAGCAGUUAUUCGUUAUAAACGUUCGUAGUCGUUUACAGUGAUGUGGAUUUUUUUAUUAAUACCUUUGAGAGCCACUAGUUAAGGUAAAGUGAUUUAUUAAGUGAAAUUCGGAAGUGAUAAAAAACGUGUGACCUGGAAUCUAGGCUCACACUGUAAAAGAUCAUUUCAGGUGCUGCGAAUCCGGUGAUUCAAGAGAUUCAACUUGAAAAUUCCAACGAUGUUAUGAUAUAAACCACAAUGUUAGAUAAAAUAAUGUUGAAAUUGAUAACCCACAUACGAAGAAAGAGACGACGGAAGGAGUGGUAUACAUACAAUUUGCUGCUGCUGCUUCUGAUAUGUGUGACUAAGGCAAGCGGGUCCGAGGUGGUGAUCCAGAUCCCUGAGGAGCAGGUGAAAGAUCAGGAUGGAUUUUAUAGGCUGGAUUACAAGCCUCCUCAAGGGAUACCUGUCCCUAACUCCACGUUCACCCCGCAAGAGAUGGCAAGGGGGGUGAAACUGAAGCAUGCUCAGCCUGGUAUGAGGUAUGACUUUGAGUUGUACUACAGCAACGCUACCAUCAACGACUGGGCUACCUGGACUGCUACCAUUACAACAACUCCCGCGAUGCCUGAGAACCUGAACAUCAACGUUGACACUCUGAAGCUCGCUCUCGUGUCCUGGGACCCACCGAACUCCGGCGGCUACUCAGCCUUCAAGCUCAAGGUGACUCCGUUAUCGGAACCGCAGAGCAGCAUCCGUAAUUUCGUGGUGACCGAAGACCAACUUCCGUUCCACUUGUACGAUCUUACACCAGGGGCAUCAUACCAGCUCCGCCUGUCUACUGUCUACGAGAAGAAAGAGAGUGUCGUUUUUAUUUCUUCUAAUUUUACUACACGUGAGGUGAGCAUUGACCCCGCGGACGCCGUGGAGAGCGUCCUGAACGUUGAGAAGGACGGCGAGCCUCCCGGUCCUGCGCAGGCUGCCUUCCACGGCCUCGUGCCUGGUCGCGCAUACAACAUCACCGUAGAGACGGUGAGCGAAGACAUGGUCUCUGUACCGACGACACAAGAGUACCACACCAUCCCCCCACCCCCCCGCAACGUUACCUUCGACAUGAGGCGUCUCACUCCAGACUCCUUCGUCGUCAGAUGGGAGGCUCCUAAAGUCAAGGGGGAGUUUGACCGGUACCAGCUAAGCCUAGGCGUCAAGAAGCAGGCGCCUAUCAUCGUGGACGCNUAUUGUUCGAGCGGCAUAGAGCCUGGCCGCACCUAGACCGUCCUCGUCAAGACUGUCGCUGUCAACGUCGCUUCCUGGCCCACGUCUGGCAACGUUACUACUCGUCCUCUGCCGGUGAAGAACUUAAGUCUCCGGGAGAACAGCACCACAGGUCAAGUGCAGCUGUCAUGGCGUCCUAACAACAGCUCCCUGCAAGACCAGUACAAGGUGAUCUACCAAGAACUAGAGACAUUCAACGGCGACGCGCGCACGCUUGUCACCACCGAGACAAGCAUGAGCACGGAGCUCUACCCUGGUCGUAACUACACCGUGCUGGUCUACGCGCUAUCUAAUGGCGUCGAGAGUAGACCUGAGACCCGUAAUAUACUCACAAAACCGGCGUCGCCGAUCAUAGAGGAUUUACAGCUCAUGCCUCGGGGGCUGAACGUCUCGUGGAAGAGCGACGUAACUUCCCGACAAGACAGAUACGCCGUCGAGAUCACCCGUAACGAUACCGGCGAAUCUGACUUGAGUCAGACCGGCCAGAACCAUGGUGUUCUGCUAGACCUUUACCCCGGCGCGGGUUACGAGCUCAAGGUCUACGCCAUCGCCAACGGGCUCUGGAGUGAGCCUCACGUCUACUUCCAGGCUGUCUACCCAAACUCCGUCCGGAACCUGACGAUUACGCGCAGCACCAACACGACCGUAGCGCUGCAGUGGUUGCCUCCUGUCGAUUCAAUCUUCUCGCAUUACGCCGUGAG